UCGGCAUAAGGAAAAACUUUCGAAGUUGCCCCCAACCCUAUCUCUUAAAAAUUUUUUGGACCACUCUAAUGUACAUUCAACUCAAUAAAACAACACAGAGUACCGUUAACUAUUAACGCCCCAAAAGUUAACAUUCUCCCCAGCAAUCGCACCCUAGAAGAGUAUCUGCGCAAUGUCAAGUGAGCUAAAGUGCGCUAAUUUGAUGUUUUCACAGCAUACAAUAACAAAACCAAAGCGCCUAUAAUAACACGAACAACAAAAAUAUUGGUGGACUCAAUUCAGACAAGCAUAUAUUUGAAGUAAAUCUUUCAUGCAACACCCUGCCGAUCAGGUGGCCAGGUGGUGAGGCAGCACAAACGCCGCCUGUGGUUCCUGCUCCGAGUGCACCGGGGACGGGAUAGUUGUAGUUUUGGUUGUGGUUAAUAUGCACGUUACACAUGCUGCAAGGGAUGGGUUUCAAACUUUAAGCAACAACAGCAGCAGCAAUAUAACCGAUAACAACGACAACAACAAUAGCUACAAGCUCGUCAACAGCACGCAUAAAAGCAGCGCAACCAACCAUUCAAUCAGCAGCUGCUGCACUCAUAAAAAUAGCUGCAACAACACUAAAGUUAACGACAGCAAUACAAAAAUAGGCAACAACGCGCAAAGUAACAGCUGCAAUACACAACAGCUAACGGGCAUAUUACGCCACAGCUGCCACACUCACAAUCGUCGCCGCCACGACAAUCACCCACACUUUGCCAUUGAUAACCUAGAAAACCAUCGAUUUUCCGGCGUCAGUGGAGUUUGCAGCAACGUCAUUUGACGCACGCGACAAGCAAACGACAGCUGCCUCAACCAGGACAACGAAUUCGAUAGAAAAUACUCGUACAGCUACACGCAACAGCAACAAAAACGGUCGAUACUAAA